AUGAAUAACGAAAUGACGGAAACAAAAGAUACAGCGAGCGCAGAAAUGUUGAAACGGGUAAAAGGUAAGCAGUGGUUCCUUUCUCCGACCCAGCCGAGCUGAUUUUCUCCAGACACCUUUGCUGCAAUGCAGAAACUCAUGCGUCCGAAAUUCAUGGACUCAGCACAAUUUACCCUGGAUGCACCUCAUCUGUUCUGCGACAGUACUUUUCUCAAAAGGGUACAGGAAACAGACGAUUGUAAGAAUAACCUUAAGUAAAGUUCUCUCUAACUUUGACCAUAGUUCUAGCUAGAAAUGAAUUUACUCACCGAGUUGGACCAAGAUCUGAUGGUGGCGAUGACAAGCGAAAAGAGAUCCUCGAAGGGGAUCUUAUCACCCCAUACCUUUCUAUAGCAGAAGUCUACAGAGGUGCACUCAGUUUACGUACGUCGUCAUGGCAGCCUUAAUCCCUUCUUAAUUGAUCUUGAACUGACCCCUACGAAGCGAACGUAAGUUUAUAUCUAGUUGACGACAUCUUAAAAUGUCGAUAAUUCAUUAACUGCUCAUUCUAGGUGCACCCUUACUACUCGGCUGAUAUGGUGAGAUAUCGCUUCGACUCAGAUGACAUAUCACAAAACUGUAAAACUAGGAAAGCAGCUGGAUUUUCCUCAGUCAUGAUUGCUAAAGAUAAAAUACUGGUAAUAUGCACACAAAAUGGCUGGCGAGGCGAAGAUAGCCUUGAUACAACCAAAGGGGUCGGAACAUGGCUCGGCGACAUCGAGCCCAAAUCCCUCACUUUCCUCCACGAAAUCGUCCAUCUCGUCGUCGACGAGGGCAAAUCUCAGGACUUGAGUAAACAACUCCCACCACCUACCGUUCAUCUGACCAAUAGUGAUGGUACUCCCAAUAUCGGUGGUUGGCCGGGAAGAUCCAAACAACUUCAUCGAAAUACCAGGAGAUCCAGCUGGUAUUCAACUUAUUCCAAUCGCAAUUGUAGGUACUUGUCGCUAAUCUUUUGCAGAUACCGCCACAGAAAUCCUGUUAGUAGCUCUGGGUAGGUUUCUUCAAGCAUAUAUUAUUUGAAUAGUACUAGAAAAAAACACAACUAGCUAACCUAUGCCACAGCUCAAGAUAAACUUCUCUUUGGUGAGCCACCUAUCGAUGGACGAAAAGUAGAUGCUACGUUCAACCCCCAGAGUAUGCUCUCGCCUACCCUUUUUCCCGGUGAUAUCGAGAGAAGGCACUUUCGCUAAUACCCUGCUUCAGAUUUCGCAUGGGCGGCAACUGCAGCCUACCUAGCCCAGAAUGGCGCAAAAUUGAACUACAGUACUGGGAGAGCGGAGGAGAUCACGGAUGGCCCACCGUCUGGUCCAGCGCUACCUGAUACACCACCCACGAAAGAAUGA